UGUCAACGUGACUGUCAUAAAGCAGAGCCAGGGAGAGAACAGCAAAUCUAUCGGUGGAUUGUUUCAAACGCAUCGCUCCUGAACAGUAGCAGGCAGUUUACUUCUGAUUAUGUGGCUCUGAAAACAUAUCGUCUUUUUGGUGGAAAAAUAUGAAAACAUACAACUCUAUACCCUAUCAUCUUGGACACCAUAGCUAGCUACUGUAUUUUUUAGAUUUCUCACCUUUUAGCCACGUAGCUUGCUAGCUAGCUGGCUAGCGACUGCUGGUAUCUCACACAGGUAGAAAGAGGGAUUGAUGACAAAAGAGGGGUAAGGUGGCGAGGUAACGAUGAAUCGGUUUCGAAAGUGGCUGUACAAGCCCAAGAGGACAGACCCCCAGCUCCUGGCCCAGUUCUACUAUGCUGACGAGGAGCUCAACCAGGUUGCCAUGGAGCUGGACAGCCUGGAUGGCAGGAAGGAUCCUCAGAGAUGCACCCUGCUGGUCAACCAGUUCCGCUCCUGUCAGGACAAUGUGUUGAACAUUAUCAACCAGAUCAUGGAUGAGUGUAUCCCGGACGACAGAGCCAACAGAGACUUCUUGGUGAAGUUCCCGGAGGAGAUUCGCCAUGACAACCUGGCGGGGCAGCUGUGGUUCGGAGCCGAGUGUCUGGCUGCUGGCUCGAUCAUCAUGAACAGGGAGAUAGAGAGCAUGGCCAUGAGGCCGCUGGCGAAGGACCUGACCCGCAGCCUGGAGGAGGUGAGAAACAUCACGCGGGACCAGGCCCUGCGAGACCUCAACCUCUACACCGACCGCAUGCGGGACGGCCUGCGCCACUUCGAUAGCCUCUUCGCUGAGUUUGAGCUCAGCUAUGUGUCAGCCAUGGUGCCUGUGAAGUCUCCCAAAGAGUACUACGUCCAGCAGGAGGUUAUCGUGCUGUUCUGUGAGACCGUGGAGAGGGCCCUCCAGAUGGGAUACCUCUCACAAGACAUGAUCGAUGACUAUGAACCAGCUCUGAUGUUUACCAUUCCCAGGCUGGCCAUUGUGUGUGGUCUGGUGGUGUACUGUGAAGGGCCACUCAACCUCGAUCGCAAACCCGAGGACAUGUCUGAGCUCUUCCGGCCCUUCCGGACAUUACUGAAGAAGAUCAGGGACCUGCUGCAGACCCUGACUGAGGAGGAGCUGCUGACGCUGGAGAGGAACCUGUGCAUCUCUCAGGACGGGGAGUUCUCUGCAGACAAGGAGCGACGCCCCCCGGCGGCCCCACUGCUGACCCCCCCCCCACCCAGCAGCCCAGCACCAGACCUCUCCAGCCAGGAGGAGGAGCAGGAGGGGGGGACGGCGCAGACGGACCUGGCCCUGGAUGCGUCUCCCAGCCUGGGGGAGGAGGAUGAGCAGGAGGUGACGGUGGACAGGGAGUGGGAGGACAUGGAGGCGGGGCCCGAGGAGCAGGGGCAGGGCCUGCUGUGCGAGGAGGCGGAGGAGGCCGACCUGGCCUGCUCCAUGCAGUACGACGAGGAGGAGCUGGAGCAGCUCAACAUGAUGGUGCACCGUGUGGGGGACGAGAUGUCCACGCUGCUGUCCCCCCCCAGCCAGGGCCAGUCCCCCGCCCACCGGCCCCUCAGGGGCGGGGGCUCCAGCGGGGCCUCCAGCACCGAGGCCUCCCCCUGCAGGGCCCCUGGGGGUCGGGGCAGGGCCGGCCUGUUCCAGGAGGAGGAGGACAGGGUGUUCUUCAUGGAGGAUCUGGACGUGUUGACCGGAUGCCUCACCUCACCCGCCAGAGUCCCCCAGUACCCCUCCCCCUCUGAGGCCCCCGCCCCCCCGAAGGACCCCACCAGGAAUGGCUGGCCCUCCACCCAAUCCGACGAGUUUCCUCCAAACCACGCCCCUCAGUGCCCCGCCUCCAAACCCCACCCUCUCUCCACCACCCCCGAGCCCCUCCCCUACACCAGCGGUUGGGAGGUGGGGCUGGAUGGGGCGGAGACGGCUGAGGUCAUCGCCAACCGCAUGGGCGGGAUGAAGCUGUCGGCCACGGUCAUCUUUAACCCCUGCUCUCCCAGCCUGACGGAGCUGGCGGGGGACAAGCUGCUGCUGCCCCGCCCCCCUCCCGCCCCGGAGGCGGAGCCCUGCGGCCCCCUGGUGGCCACGCACUGCCUGCUCAACUCCUGCGUGUGCUGCGGUAGCUGCGACGACGGCCACGACGACGCCCUCUCCAUGGACACCGCCGGCCUGGGGCUGGCCCUCGGCCUGGGAUUGGACAAACACUGCAAAGUCCCGCCCCUUGGUUCCGUCAUCCAAUCGUCCGCCUCCUGCCUGGCUCCCCCAGGGAGGGAGCCGGGGGGUAAGAGAGGAGACCCCGCCCAGCUGACGCCCCCCUCGCCCCGCUGCUCCCCGGAGCGACCCCUGGUGGGGGAGCCGGAGGAGGGGGCUGAGUGCUGUGAGAAGUGCCUGGUGCUGGUGCCCCCGGGGCCCCCGCAGGAUCGGGGCCCAGCCGGGGGGGCCCCCACACCCUGCAGCCACCAGUGGAGGACUGUGAGGAGGCCCCAAGCCAGUGGGGGCCGGGAGAGGCUGGGGACCAGGGACCCCGACAGGGACACCAAAGAGGAGAGCAGGAGGAACACUAGUUUCCAGGACUCUCCUCUCAGCUCAGUGUCCAGUAGUGACUGUGAGAGUGUAUCUGUCACCACAUGUAGUCUGACCAGCGGUUCAUACACACCAAGCCCGGUCAGCAGUCUGACCACCAGCUCGGGGAUGUCCGAGGAUCUGGACCACCAGGAGAUCCAGCUGGCUCUGCAGGCCGCCAAGAUGGCCGCCAGGAACAAGAUCCGCUCCCGCUUCCACAGCAGCAGUGACCUCAUCCACCGCCUGUUCGUCUGCAUCUCAGGUGUGGCUGACCAGCUGCAGACCAACUACGCCAGCGACCUCCGCAGCAUCCUGAAGACGCUGUUCGAGGUCAUGGCGACCAAGUGUGAGCAGGGGGAGUGCAACAUGCAGAAGAGAGUGCCAGGCCUGUGCAGUGCUGGGCUGGAGGACUGCGCUCUCUGCCAGGAGACUGUCUCCUCGUCUGAGCUGGCUGCCAAGGCCCGCGAGGGCCAGUUCGAAGACCCCCCAGACUGGGUCCCUGAUGAGGCCUGUAACUCAUGCAUCGCCUGCAAGGCCCCCUUCACUGUCAUACGCAGGAAACACCACUGCAGAAGCUGUGGGAAGAUCUUCUGUUCUCGCUGCUCCUCCCAUUCUGCCCCUUUGCCUCGCUACGGCCAGGUGAAGGCAGUCAGGGUAUGCACACACUGCUACAUGUUCCACGUCACGCCCUUCUACAGCGACAAGACCGGCGUCUGACCCCUGGAAACAGGACUAUCUCUCUCUCACACGCACGCACACACACACACACACACGCACACACACCACCUCCACAUGAGCAUAUGCAAUGGAUGGAUCCUAUGCUGCAUACGGAGCCAAUACCCCCUUAUUGCGCCGACCGACCGAUUCUCUGCCAGGCUGGAAUGAGGACUUCCUGGAUGAGAGAGCAGAGAAACGCGACGUGGAGACACACCAACUUGGCCCAGACCCUCGUAGUUUGUUUUCGUGAUGCUGCUAAAAGGGAACAUGGUGCUAGUUCCGACAGUCCUGGUGUGAUUUAUACAAACCUACAGGAAGGGAGAAGGAACUGAGGUUGUGAACCGCUACGUUGCUAUGCUACCUGCAGCACACCACUAGAGAGCGAGGCCCUAGACCUUUCGGGGUUUAUUGCUUGUGUAUAAAAGGUCUUGUGACAUAUUUUCCUAUGCUUUAGCGGGCUUCCCACACUUGUGCCAGAGUUCCCACGGGACUCAGAUUACUUAGAAGAAUGUAAGUCGUAAUAAUCAUGUAAAUAAAGGUAAUUGUGUUGAUAAUAACGGUUAGCAUUGCACCACCGGUCUCUUGUUUGGCACAAUGGUUAAUGAACGUUGUUUUCUUUAGUUUGUCAUGAUUAAACUGCAGAUGCUGGAAGGAAUUGAAGUAAAAGCUACAAUUAUCGGGCUACCUAUCUCAGCAAAGCAACAACAACAAAAAUGCUACAAUUUACAGACAAUGGUUUUAUAUCUUGAAGUCGAUGUUAUGAGUCAUACAGUGCUUUUAAUGGCAAUGAAUGUGUACUAUUUAACAAAAUGGAGGCUUUAUUUUAGUGGCUGUGUUUCAAAGGAAAUGCAGGAUUUACAGUAGCCUUUAACGUUAUGGGCUGUGCCUUGUGCUCUUAAACAUAUGAUAUGGCAUGUAUUUGAAUGAUUUCCCAACCGCAUCCAAAUCUGAACUUUUAUCUUUUUGGAAUCUGAGACGCCAAUGAGAAGCAUUCCUCCCCCCCGACACUGAUAUAAUGCGUCCAGGCCAGUGAUGCCACCUAGUGGAGGAUGUAACCCCGUGUCCACACCUCUGCUCUGCGCGUGCAUCGUCACCUGGCAUUGACUAGCUUGUUGUUUUCCAUCCCCUGGCAAUCUUACGUUCCUAUCUUUAUCGUGCAAUAUUUUCAUUGCAAGGCCUACUUCCUUCUGUACGUUACGACGAAGUACGACUUUCUCACUACGAAGCUCUGUACAGGUGUCUGUCAGACAGACAAAACUACGACUUCAAGCUGAAUUUUACAUUAUAUUAUUUUACCUUUUAUUUGAUACACUGACAGUCUCAUUAACUGCUGCUCACCGGAUCUGUGCUUCGUGUUUUCAUUACUGGCAGAAAUGGUCUUUCAGAGGUUUACUCUAUCCGACUAUUGACUCUCCUUUUAUUACAAAGGAACGCUCCUGAACGUUGUCCCGAAAUGCCUCAGUCUGCACACAAAACUAAGUUUCUCAAGUCUCCUGUCUUCCUCCCGCUAUCAGGAUAUCUUCCAAGUAUAUCUAUCUCACAAUGAAGAAUGAUCUUGAGUUGAUGUGAACUGGCUGAUCUGGCAAACGUGUUCCACUCCAAGGCCGUACCAGUUAUGUCAAUUCUGCUCUGACUUCAAGCUAACUCUCAGGCUUCAUAUUGUCUAACUCACUCACGAGUCAUGACUAUUUCAAUGGUUUUAUUUUUAUUGAGGAAGUUAAGACACUUUCAAGAGAUUAUAAUUUUUUUUCUUUUAUAAAGAACAAAGGAAAUUAUGUAAAUGUAUAAAGCUACUUUUUCUGUAUAAAAGGAAUCAUGCAGUGAUUAAAGGACUGGAUAUCCUUUUACUUCAGAGCUUGCUCUUAUUUUGUAAACACUUGUACAUUUUAAUGAUAAGAGCUGUGAAACGUUUGGAAAACGUAAUGUCAUCUAGUUUUAAAUGUAAAAGUAUAAAAUAAAUGACUUUUAUUGGUUUCAAAAA